UAAAUCUCUCUUCCACCAGUGAAAGUUUCAGAGAGAAGUGAAUCAGAUAGGAAAGUAUUGUCAGGGAAAUGAGAAAGACACUUCAUCUUCAUCUUCUUAAGAUCUCUGUUCUUGAGUUCCUCAUUAGUGUUUCUGCUUCUUCUACUAUACCUAAUUAUUCACAGCCUUCUCCUUCUCCACUUUACACUUCCAUGGCUUCCUUCUCUCCAGGGAUCCAAAUGGGCAGAGGCCAAGAACACAAACUAGAUGCUCACAAGAAACUUUUUAUCUCUCUCAUAAUCACCUCAUCUUCUCUAGGGUUCAUACUCCUAUGUUGUUUAUGCUUCUGGAUUUAUCGGUCCAAGAAGUCCCUCAAAACCACCAAGAACUCAGAAGGUGAGAGUGGGAUUUCACUAGCCAAGAAGGGUUUUGUGCAGUCCUUCGAUUACAAGACACUAGAAAAAGCGACAGGCGGUUUCAAAGACGGUAAUCUUGUAGGACGAGGCGGAUUUGGAUAUGUUUACAAGGCCAGUUUAGGCAAUAACACUCUAGCAGCAGUCAAAAAGAUUGAAAACGUUAGUCAAGAAGCAAAACGAGAGUUUCAGAACGAAGUUGAUUUGUUGAGCAAGAUUCACCACCCGAACAUCAUCUCAUUGUUGGGAUAUGGAAGUGAAAUCAGCUCGAGUUUCAUCGUCUACGAGCUGAUGCAAAAUGGAUCCUUGGAUGCUCAGUUACACGGACCUUCUCGGGGAUCGGCUUUAACAUGGCACAUGCGGAUGAAGAUUGCUCUUGAUACAGCCAGAGCUGUUGAGUAUCUUCACGAGCGUUGUCGUCCUCCGGUUAUCCACAGAGAUCUUAAAUCUUCAAACAUUCUCCUUGAUUCUUCCUUCAACGCCAAGAUUUCGGAUUUUGGUCUGGCGGUAAUGGUUGGGGCGCACGGCAAGAACAACAUUAAACUAUCAGGGACACUUGGUUAUGUUGCUCCAGAAUAUCUCCUAGACGGUAAAUUAACGGAUAAAAGUGAUGUCUACGCGUUUGGGGUGGUUCUACUUGAACUCUUGCUAGGAAGACGGCCGGUUGAGAAAUUGAGUUCGGUUCAGUGCCAAUCUCUAGUCACUUGGGCAAUGCCUCAACUUACGGAUAGAUCAAAGCUUCCAAAAAUUGUGGAUCCGGUUCUCAAAGACACAAUGGAUCAUAAGCACUUAUACCAGGUGGCAGCCGUGGCAGUGCUUUGCGUACAGCCAGAACCGAGUUAUCGACCGUUGAUAACCGAUGUUCUUCACUCACUUGUUCCACUGGUUCCGGUAGAGCUAGGGGGCACUCUCCGGUUAACACCAUCAUCCUCUUAAAGAAAUUGAUUUUUUAUUUUAUUUUAGAAAACCGAUUAAUCUUGGGGUAGAAAUGGGAGGACAGAAACUUCUAAUUAUUUGUAUUUGUAAAUUUAAUUACUAUAUAAAUAAACUGUGUUAUCAUUUUUACACCACGUGAUAUUAUUAUUUAGCAAA